AUGGGAGAGCGCCAACAGAUCACCAUGUACGCUGGGAAAAUGUGGGAGUCAUACUUCCUUAGCGAGACGUAUUGUAGCAGUACGGCUUCUGAGGGGAGACCGUGCUAUGCGAAGGAAGCUGGUGCGAUCUAUGACUCUUCCAGCAGUGGGAAUACGCCCUUCAUCUCUGUCCGCCCGGGAGUUUACUGGUCAGACAGCAUGGAUUCGAGCGGGUCCGUUCCGGCUCGCUACACCGACACAUUUCGCCUAGGCGAGGCCAUUUCGGAGUGGGCCACAGAUAAAGUUGACGACCUUGCGAUGGUGCUUCUCAACGAUACCCAAUUGGAAUACCCCAACGGGAAGAAAUAUCCCCUUUUUGCCGGUUGUUUGAGCUUUGGGGCUGCACCUGGUAUCGUUAACCAUACAUUCCGCGUGGAUCCCAAUACAGACGCGGAAGGGACUAAUACCAGUCUCAUCGCUGGCCAUUUUUGGGAGCAGCGCUACAUUGAAUCCAUGACUUUUGGUAUGCACAUUGGGUCAGUACAGCCGCAGAGGAUCACAGGUUCGCUCAGAUUCGGUGGUUACGACAAGAACAGAGCCGUAGGGCAAGUUCUCGCGGUGCCCAUGACUGACCCCUUGCAUACAUGGACCGGCGCUCCAUUAUUAGACAUCACAAUUGAGGUCGUGCAGGGAGGUUCGCCUUUCAACUUCAGUUCCCGAUCUGGGUACUUGGCGUCUGGCAAUUCGACAAUUGGUGAUCGUCUAGACGUCAACAUUGACCCGUGCGCUCCGUACCUUAACCUUCCGAAGAGCACAUGCGAUGCCCUUGCGGCCGACCUGCCAGUAAAAUACAGCGACGACCUAGGCUUGUACCUAUGGCAGACAGACUCUCCGGCUUACGCCAAGAUUAUUCAAGCCCCUACAGCCCUCACAUUUACGUUUUUAGACCCAAACAAUAACGUGCGCAAAGUCAACAUUUCAGUGCCGUUCAUGCAUCUUAACCUCACGCUUGAGGCGCCACUCGUAGAUCGACCAACGUCAUACUUCCCGUGUAAUGGUGCCUCAAGGGGUCAUUAUGCGUUGGGCAGGGCAUUUCUUCAGGAUGCUUUCUUUGGCUCGAAUCUGCAGUCUGCCUUCUACUUUCUCGCACAGGCACCAGGGCCCAAAGUUGGAGGCGAAGCGUCAACCAUUAUCAAACAAGAUGCUACCACCAUAGAUGCAAGCACCCAUGACUGGGCCACAAGUUGGAAAGGAGUAUGGUCACCCCUGGCAGAGGAUGGUCCAGUCCAGAAUACGACUCUGGAUAGCCUGAACAAUGGUGGCAAUGCAAGCAGUUCCGGGACAAAGACGGGGCUCAUUGCUGGUCUUGCGGGUGGUCUAGGCGGUGGAUUGUUGCUCAUCGGCUUAAUAGGAUGGGUUCUACGGGCACACACGAAGAAGAAUGGCAGUGUGUCGAUCUGCGGGAUCCCGCUUACUAAGAGUAAGAAAAAGACUGUAGGUUUGGAUGAUAAUAGCAGCGAUAAAUCAAGGAACGCUGGCUUGGCAUUAUCGGCACAGAUGAGCCAGCAAGGUAGGGCUGAGUUAUCGGCGACCUCGAAACCUACCCAGCUACCCACGCCUGAAGAUAUGGUGUAUGAAAUGCCCCAUGACACAUAUCAACCGUAG